GGCCUUCCACACCCACUUUUUACAAAGGGCGCCACAGUGCACUGUAAUUACUGUCAUUGCGGCAAUACGAGUUGUCUAAUAUUCCUCAUAGAGCGACGCCUUUUUUAACUGAACCCAAAGUAAAAAGGCUUCAAGGAUGGGCAACCCAAACAUCACCCAAGAGUUGGAGCGAACGAAAAUCGACCUAAGCCAUCAAGAGAUGGAUCGGUUAGUAACGGAGCUGGAGAACAUCUGGGCGGCUUUUACGGUCAACGACGAAGGGCCAAGCGGAAUCGAAUGGCUGCCGGUGCAAGGCAUCGCUGAAGCGCUGCGGGAGGACUUGGGCUAUGAAGACAUGGCAGAGUUCGAGGAUGCGCUGGGCGGCUCCUUCGGCGACUUCCUGGACAAGCUGCCCCGCGUGGUGAAGAAGGAGCAGGAGGGGCGCGUGUACUUCCAGAUCACCCCCGAGCCCCCCCGCGACCAGUGGCGCGCCACCCGCCUCACGCUCACCGUGCAGAGCCGCGCAGACCUGUGGCGUGUGUGCCUCAAGUCGCCGCACGCGCGGGUGGAGAUACCCGAGCUGGAGUUCGAGAUAUCCGCAGAUGGCAAGAAGCACGUGGACUCCAUUUACAACCACAUAGCGCAGUCCGUGUUUAACUUGGGCAACUACGUGAGCAGCAGCCGCGGCUCCCUCCCGCCCGACACCGCCACCCGCAUCAUGGAGACGGUGGAGGCGCUCAACGUGCUGCUGGACGUGGAGAAGCCCUGGACCUGGGUGGUGCACGACCCGUCGGGCACGUCGGAGCUGAAGCCGGCGGAGGGGGUGCUGGUGGAUGAGGUGUGA